CAUCUUUUCCCUAGAUAUCAUGUGAGCCCCUACAUUGCAUGGGAUCACAUGAUAGUCAUGUGACGAUAUAUCUCCCUGUACAGCUAUGAGGUUUCUGGACUGUACUCAGCACCAACACUGAUGAGAGACCCACAUUGGAGAACUCAAAGACACUAUGGCAGAGUUCUUCACCACAGGCAUGGAGGGAAGAUGACCCACCCUAAGGAAUCCCCAACUACCAGCUCCCUGCCCAGCUCCACCUCCUCACUACCACUGACCACGCCACUGAGAAGGCCCCCAGCGCCCCGAGAAGUCCCCCCAACUCCAGAGACCCCCCAGCCUAAACCCAGCCCCUUCCUCCAAACCACCUCAACUCACGCUCUCUCUCUCAUCUCUCACCUCUCACAAACACACACCCCCUUCAUCUAGGCCUACCUCCACUGCCACUAGGGAACUCUUCGUCGAAAAACUCGUCAAACAAAACCACGCCCAACAACACUCCAAGAGUGCAUCACAUCGGGUAACAGGCCAACUCUGUUUCCACGGGAAACCAAGACCAACUCUGCUUCAUGCAACAAAAACCAACUCUGUUUCCAAGGCAACCAAGGCUAACUCUGCUUCCAACAGUGCUACCGUGGCAACCAAAGAUGACGGCACUGGGAACUCGUGUGUACCAGAAGGGAUGACGACCGAGGACGAUGGAAUGGUGGAAAUGACAGGAGGACAUCUUUAUACCUUCUUGACCCUCUCGAGGACGAGGUCAAAGGUGAGAAUCGGUGGGUCGGCACAAGCGUGGAUCGGGACGGUCUCCAUCCCAGUCCAAUCACUGGAGAACGGAAUCAGGACGGCCCAAUGAGACUCCGCCCACACAAUCAACACUCAGAGAAUCCUAGCACCAAUUACAGCAAAUUAUGCAACACACACAGAUUAUCAUAAUAAACACAAAAUGAGC